GCUCAGUCGUCUCCGUUAUAGGUGCAUGUCCUUUCGAUUGAGUCCAUUUGACUGUAGGCAACCGCUGUAGCCAAUCAAAGGAUUGGUGGCCUACAGGCUGGUUUUCAUGUUACAUUAGCACUCAUUACCCGAUAAGGAUCCGCGCUAUUCUAAAGGCUGCUACUUUUAAUAUAUUUACUGAGUUUAGUGGGAUACGCUUUUUCAUUUGACUAGGACAAUUGCACAGUGACUAUGUAAUGAUUCCAGGAAUUAUUGAUCUGAUUUUUCUGCGCCUCGUUAUUCCAUUUGUAUUGUUUGUAGUUACAGUUGUAAGAUACAAUGGGUUUUCUUUUGUUUAUUUGUUGUUUCUACUCGCUUGCCCUUUGCUCGCUCGUCCCAAGUGUCCGAAAUCUACAACUAAAGUUCAGGUUUACCUUAUCUUACUUAUAACGCUAAGUUGUGUUUUUACGUUGUCCCACCCAACACUGCACAUAGUUCUAACUGUUGCCCCACCGUAUGAAAACGCUCUCCGUACAUGUCAAGAUGCGUCGAUUGCUGCUCAAAUUGGUGUCCAAAGACUUGAAGGGAUGCUACCCUAUCGCGCGAUGCGGCUUGUGCUACCGGAUAUUUUCAUAUUGUCCGUUGCAGUUGCUUCAUUGGUCUAUUUCAGUAGAAGACGCCGAGUCCCUUCGACACUUUUGUCUUCAAACAAUGCGUUAUCAGCUGCAGAAAACAGCGUUGUAUCUCAUAACACUGAUGACCUAGAACAUAAUAAGCCUAGUCCUUUGGAAGCUGCUGUACUCACCAAAACGCUUAGUGUUAUGAAAAACAAACAUGUGGACCAAAAUUACUUUAAUUUUACUAAGUCGUGGAAUGAAAGCCAGAAAAAACUGUGGCGUGCUUGGGCUAUGGAUUCUUUGCGUAUGUUGACAACAGUACUGCUUGUAUGUUUUGCUGGAAUAACCUCACCUUCGUUGCUCUCUGGAGUUUAUCUCCUAUCAUUUCUCGCUAUAUGUACGUAUUGGGCUUGUCGAAAUGAAGUUAGCCCGAUACCAUUUGCUUCUUUGCGCAUAUUCCUUUUGGUGUACAGUGGAUUACAUGUUUGUCUGUAUUACUUAUAUCAGUUUCCCUUCUUCCAAGCAUUUUGCACGGAUGGGAGCUUCCUAGCACGGCUACUUGGUUUGCACUAUAUAAUGCGCACCUCAUGUGAAAAACCCGGUGAGAUUAUAUUCCCAAGUACUUUUCGUGUUGUUGAUUGUCUGGCUCCACCCAUUACAAUGUUACUGUAUUAUGUUUUGGUGUUGGAAGUUCGACGCUGGUUGGAUUCACAUCCUCAUGUUUCUUCACAACCGCUACUCCGCAACAAUAUAAGGGAUUUUAUCUUCCCGGGUGAAUUGCCGCCUAGCUGUCUUGGUGAGAAUAUGGAUAAUGCAGAUACUGUGCCAACUAUUAGCGAGUCGGUUUCUUCUGGAAAACUACUUAAUCCUGCAGUUACCUUCACAGAUUCAUGCUCUUCUACCAAAUUAACAACCACAGUUUCUGCUCCAUUUAAUGACUGUGGAAAUAAAGAUAUGACACUCAAAGAUCAAUCUAAUGUAAACAUUGAUAACUCGGAAUUACAUCUUAACCAAAAUCUCAUCCAAGAACAUAAUCUGUCAAAACAAUCUACGUCCAUAGGUCAGGAAAAAAAUCAUUUAUCUCCAGGUAUAAGCCAAAAUAAAGAGGAUUUGUUAACAGAUUGCCAAAACCACGUUCCAAAAUCCUCUUCUGUCUUUCCUCAUCAAGUAAAUGCACUACAUCUGCAAUCAGAAAAUAAUCCUAACGAGGGAUUUUUAUCUCCUCCUGUAGAACCUCAUUUUGAUGCUUUAUUUGGUCUUACUCCUCCGUUCGCCACUUACAUGUAUGGAUGGUCUGGAAAUAAUCUUACUACUGAACGUCCGUUUCUGCUCAGUUUGCACUAUUCAGCGAUCAAGAAUAGCUAUAUCCUCACGCUUAUCGCAAUGAUGGCUUGGGCUGUUGUUUACCGCAGUUGGCUUUCAUUCAUCCUACUGUUAUCUGCCUGCAUCCUAUGGAUUGUUCCUAAAUCUAGGGCUGCAUGUUUAUAUUCUAGUCCUUUGAUUGUCCUCUAUGCCAUUGUUCUAAUUCUAAUCCAAUAUAUCUAUGGAUUAAACUUGAAUUCUGAUGAAUUACCUCAAGCAGUGACACCUGAUGGUUUCCAACUAUCUGAGUUAGGAAUGCAGAGAUCAGAUCAUUGUGUUGGUUCUCUUGCUCUUCAGACAGUGCAUAAUGCUACUGUAGACUGGGGAUCUAUCUACAGAAUUCCAUGCAUUUUUGGGGGGACUGGUCCGAGAAAUGAUACGAUGAUUCUCAAUAAUCGGACUGUGGUCGAAAAAGAGCAUAACAUUACUGAAGAUUCAAUUGUCGAGUGUAUAGUUCAGAAUUCUUUGGGUACAGUGCAUGAUUUCGCCUAUCUAUCAGUUCGUCCUGAUUCUAAAGCUUGGGGAAUUAAACAUGGAGUUUCAGAUCGAUAUUCUUAUUGUCAGUCAUAUUCGACAAUUUUACCGAAAUCCUCAGUGUGUUAUUCAUUCAUAGAAAAUAUUGCCAAUGAAUAUAAAGAACCUUAUUUAAUUUCUCGAUCUCGUUUAUAUUCUAACGAAAUUAGCGAUGAAGCUAUUAGAAAUCUUUUUACCAGCUGGGAUGAAUUAUUAUCAUCAUCGUCAUCGUCUCCAGUGCAUUUAUCUCAUGUGUUUAAUGAUUCUCAAUUUCAUAAUUAUUCCAGUGAUGCUUUCGAAAGUUUAAAUACGUCUGUUAGAAAAUCACGGGAUAUUGUAAAUACAAUAAGUUUAUCCAGUAGUAGUAGUAAUAAUAAUACUGCUGCAUGGCGAUGCAUUAAUUUAGCUAAACAUUUAACUUGUGCUAUAUCUUAUCCUCGAUGUGAACUUACUGACUUGGAUAGAAAAUCAACAUCUGUAAUUGAGUAUCCUGUAUGUUUGAAACAUUGUCUCGCCGUUACAGGUCUAUUUUGCUUUUCUUCGUUAAACAUGUUGAAUAAUUCAGCUUUGGAUAGGCUUCUUGACAUAAUUCCUCAGAAUGAAUCUUCUAUGACUUCUAAUUUAAUGAAAACAGGUUGGUCAGAACUGAUCAACGUACCAGAAGCUAAAAAUCAAAGUCUUCCAUUGAGUUUCUUCGACUCUGAAGUCGAUGGGACAUCAAAUCCCUUUUACAUUUGUUCAUCUUACAACAGUUAUAUUAUGUCUGUUGAACCAUCUACAAAAUCUGUUUGUACUCGUUUACCCAUUGAAAAUAAAAAUCCAACAAAUUUCAAUGAAGAAAGUAAGAAAACUCCUGUUGAAGAAAAUUCUUCUGCAUGUUUAAUCAAUCAUUUUGUAGAGAAACAUUUCAGCACAGUGUAA